AUGGGGGCCUACAUUGCCAAGAUGCUGCCUCCCACUGUCAGUAGCCUGGUCUUCCUGACUGCAGCCAGUGUAGCCACCAAGAGAGGCUUCCACAUUGAGGACAUGGUCUACUUCUUCACCGUGGUAAGAACCAUGACAAGACACUGAGAUGUUGACGACGCGCAUUAGUGUAUUACUGACACUGCUUGUGAGUGGGACUGAGUGUGUGUAACAUACUUGUAAGUGAUUGUGCAGACAAAUUCAAAGAAGUUAUGAUUAUCAUUUUAAUACUGAAGAAAAUGCAUUGUACAGUCAUUUGUGUCAUUUAUUAGGGGCGCAUGUUUACAACCUAAAGUGUGGGUCUACCUUUACGUUGUGUUUCUAUCACUGCUAACCUACCUACCUAUUUGUUGAUGGCACUGUGUCCUGUCAGAACUGAAAUUAACAGAAAUGAAGUUACUGUGUAUCUGUUUAACCCUAGAUUGACCAUGACGUACCUAGAUUUACCAUGACGUACCUAGAUUUACCAUGACGUACCUAGAUUUACCAUGACGUACCUAGAUUUACCAUGACGUACCUAGAUUUACCAUGAUAUACCUAGAUUUACCAUGACGUACCUAGAUUUACCAUGAUAUACCUAGAUUUACCAUGAUGUACCUAGAUUUACCAUGAUAUACCUAGAUUUACCAUGACGUACCUAGAUUUACCAUGACGUACCUAGAUUUACCAUGAUAUACCUAGAUUUACCAUGCGUGUGACGGGCCAGGCCUCUCCAUCAUAUGUUUCAUGAAGUAUGAGAUCCUGGAGUACUUCAGCGUGUACGGAACAGCCAUCUCUAUCUGGGUCACACUGAUAACUGAGUGUAAACAGCAUUGUAUCGUGACACUGUAAUGGCCCAUCCUCAGGGUGUGUUGUUAAGUGGGCUAAAACUAUUUUCAGAGAACAAGUGAGCUCUGCAUGCAGUAUCACUGAACAGUUAUUUGGAAGCAUGUGCUGUGUCUGUCUCUCAUGCUCUCCUGUACACACAUGCACAUUUUAAUCUCUGUCUUACACACACACAUGAACACUUGCAUGCAUGUGCGGACACACACACAUUCACACCCUCUCUCUCUAUAUUUUUAUAUUAGCUUUAGGGGAUUUUGAUGAGCCAAAGUUCUACUCUGACCAUGUUUGGAGUGUUGACCUGUGCUCUGAGGAUCUACCAGGACCGCUGGGGCUAUGGGAUCUACUCUGGACCAAUAGGAUCAGCAGUAUUCAUAAUCACUGUCAAAUGGGUGUGUGAGGACAACUUACAAUAUGGCUAUGACAAACACUGAUAACAAUAUGCCCUAAAAUUGUCAUGUUUACAGUAAUUUGAUAGAUAUCUCAUAAUCUUGUUAAUGUGAAAUAUAUACCAAAGUUCAUGCUUGGUUUUUUAGGUAUUGCCUAGCAGAAUUGCAUUGAUUAUCUCAUCUCUUCGACUGAACCUAUGUUGUUCUAAACGGAUCCUGUGGACUGUAUCAUAUUUCAGUUACAGAAAAUGAGAAAAGAGCAUAUACACCCAACAGGUGGGACCUGGAUGCUGCUUCGGUGCCCUGGCUCUGAUGCUCCGCUUCUUCUUUCAGGUAUCAUCACAACGCAAUCUCCCUAAUUCCCCUUGCCAUUCACAAUGAAGGCAAUACUAAAUGUCAAACCUUGUUGAGAUGUGUUCGGCUUGCACAAGUGGUAACACAUUGACAUCAAAAAGUAUAUAUUUUUUUGAAUGAUUGAUUUCAAUUCGUUUUGCAGGAGUGGUAACAUGCCUAUGUCCACAGUUUCUACCACCUGUCUAUGGCUGUGUCCUUCAUGCUGCUGCUACCCAAGAAGAACCGCUAUGCAGGGACAGACAGCAACCCUGACGAGCUCGGCUGCUACACCCUCCUCUGCUGUGUAUGACACCCUUUUUAUCUCAACAAUGCACAGGGUUUCAGUGCUGUAAACAUGUUGCAGGAAGCACAGAACAAGUUAAUUUCAGCUUGUUCAAUGAGUAGUUUAAUUGUGCCUAUACUGUAACUUAGAUCGGGUCUCUCCAACCCUGUUCCUGGAGAGCUACCGUCCUGUAGGUUUUUGCUCCAACCCUAAUCUAGCGCAUCUGACUCUAAUAAUUAGCUGGUUGAUAAGCUGAAUCAGGUGAAUUACAACUGAGGUUGGAUUUAAAACCUACAGGAGUGUAGCUCUCCAGGAACAGGGUUGGACAGCCCUGACUUAGAUAAUCAUUCACAGUGACUUCAAUAGUGCUUUUACCGAAGCUGCCAUGUCUACAGUUGAACAAACAUACUUGCUAAAUUGCUAGUCAGAUAGAAUGUGCUGUAAGCUCCUAUAGUCACCUUUGCUUCUAAACUCAGCACUAAAAAAUAUUACUUGUCUCUCCAACACUUCUCUAACUCAAGUGAUUUACAAACUGGGCCCCAGGAACCCCAAGAGGUGCACGUCUUGGUUUUUGCUCUAGCACUACACAGCUGAUUCAAAUAACUGAUCAUUAAGCUUUGAUUAUUUGAAACAGCUGUGUAGUGCUAGGGCAAAAACUAAAAUGUUCACCUCUUGGGGUCCCCAGGACCAAGUUUGGGAAACACUUCUCUAACUUUUCUCACUCUGUCAUUUACUAUCAGACGCCCUUUCCUGCUUCUACGAAGGAGAAGAAGGACAAGAAGAAGACCCCGUCUCAGACAAUUUGGACCAUUCCCACUGAACGGCCUUGGACACUGGCCUGCAGCUCACCGACUCUUCCUCUGUACAACCCACCAAGUACACCUGUUAAGAAAGCACUGGACAUCAACACUACACCUGUUAAGAAAGGACUGGACAACAGCACAGAGACUGUUAAGAGGGAACUGGAUUUCAGCAGCACUAAACCUGUUCACAAAGGACUGGACAUCAGCAAGCUCAAAGAACAGAAUGGCUGGAAGUGGCCCCACAAGACAGAUAAACUUUUAUAA